AUGAUAUUAAAUGGUCUUGCAGGUAUUCUGAACAUAUACAUGUUUCUUACUGGUGUGUUCAAGGCAUCUGAGCCACCAAGUCAGAUAUCAACAGAAGCGGUUUCGAACAGUAAAUACACAAAGGUGAUAUAUUUAUUGCUUGAUGGACUUAGGUUUGAUUCCACAGUUGAAGUUAAUAAGGAGGGAUGCAUAUUCAACAAGAUGCAGCAUUUGAACUCAAUCAAAACAAAGUAUCAUGCACUGAGUGUUAGUGGAAUGCCGACAGAAACAAGUGCUAGAGUUAUUGGAUUAACCACAGGUGCGCCUAGCAACUUCUUGACAAGCAUUAUUGCCAUACAAGGGACAACCAUUAGCAAAGACAACAUGGUUGAUCAGCUGCUUAGAGACGGGAAAUCAUGCGUGUUCUUUGGAGAUUGUCAGUGGACAAAGUAUUUUCCAGUACUGAAGUCGUGGCCUCAUUUUACAAUAGACCCAUAUGGUAGACAUGAAUUACGAGCACAAGAAAACAUGCUAAUUGAAAAGAUUGUGGAGAGUGUGAAUAGCUAUGAUGUUAUGAUUGCACACCUGAUAAACCUUGACUCUUAUGGGCACAUAUACGAAACUAUCCAUCAUGAGAGGAUGCAGAAUGAAAUAGAAAUAUAUGAUAAGCUCAUAUAUGACAUAUAUCAGAAAAUGUCUUCAGACACAUUGUUGGUUGUGUGUAGUGAUCAUGGCGUUGAUGACAAUGGUGCCCAUGGAGGAGUAUCUACAUUGGAAAUGGCUUCUGUUGCGAUCUUCAUAUCCAAAGAUGACAGGUUUACAAACACAUUGCCUCUGGAAGGCGUUGCUAAAGAUGCUAGAAAAAGAUGCAUAUCAAAGACAUAUGAUGAUGAACAGAAUGUUAUUAAAAGCACAGAUUCAUAUCCAAUAAUACAUCAGGACGAUAUUCUGCCAACAAUGUGUUAUCUGAUGGGAAUUCCAAUUCCAAGUCUUUCUGGAGGCAACUUUGUUCAUGAGUUAGUUUCUGAGACUGAAGCAUACAGGAAAUAUGCACAACAGAAGUAUGAUCUCCUUGGAAUUCCAUUCAAAGUAGACACAAGUGACCGAGAUGAGCUUUUGCACUUGAAUUACAUGCUUAGCGAAAGCGUACUAAAAAAGCUUGCAGGGAGAAAUUACACAAGGCUAGGUCUAUCAGUAGCCCUGUCAAUAGGGAUUGCAAUUGCUAUGCUAUUCAAGUUGUCAAAAUCGAAGUUUGGUAAACUCCAGAUUGCAUUAGCAUUUGUGCUUGUGAUGACUGCACACUCUGUUUUUUCGAUCAUUCAUGAAGAUUAUCUCUGGGCAGUAUUGUUUCUGAUUUCUAAUCCAUCGAUUAAGAAUCUACUUGGCACGAUGAUGUUCUUGCAGAUUGCACGUCCAGGAUCAAGUAUGAAUGCAUUUUAUGUACUUGUUGUUGAGAGGGUUAAGCUUUGUCCGUUCUUCAAUGGAAAUUGGCUAUUUAUUGUUGAACUACUUCUUUUUGCAAUGAUUAAUAAUAAGAAGCAUCUUGAAGUUUCGUUAGAAUACAUUUAUAACAGUGUUACAAUGGUAUUUAAUAAGCACCCGCAGAUAAUCAUCUCAUUUAUGAAGUACUUUUUACACGGUAGUCUAGAAAAUGCAGAAUGGAGACUGUGCUUACUUAUACAGUAUCCCUGUAUUGACAGUCUACUUGCAUUGAUUCUCAGACCAAUGGAAUCGGUGUACCUGAUAUACAUACUUAGGAAUCUUGAUAUAUGUAACAACCCUGAAACAUACUUCUCACUGACAAACAUGGCAUUCUUCUCUUCCGGAUUGUGUAAACUAUUGCAAUCCAUUAACUACAGCGUGUUCUUUACAUUUUCUGACAGAUUUGUCACCAUUCCAGCAGUUAUAAUAGCAUUUUAUUACUUCAUGUAUCCAAGACUUAGAGCGAUCUUGUUGAUUAAGAAUAACGAAAGACUCAAAAAAGCAAAUGAAAAUCAUAAUAAUACGACUUUUGAAGAUCUCGUCAAUGUCGUGAUAUCAUUUUCCAGUAUCAAUAUCUUGCUUGUUAUGUGGUCUGGAUACGCAAUCAGCGAUUCUCUUUCAUUCUACAAGUUUUUAGGUGUUAGAGCGUUUUUUGAAUAUCUAUACUAUUUAUGUGAUAUUACCUUGUUUUUUAUAUUCAGGAUAAUUAAAGCAAAGCUAUGA